GCCCAUCUCGACGACAGUAAGAACUAUGAAAUCAUCCUUGGAGAGGUAUCUCAAGACUUCCACAUCUAAUUUCAUCUUUGCUAGUUGCUAGCUGUGUAAAGCAACGAGCUGAGACGAAUGAAGAAGGAGCUUAAAUCAAAAUAUCAAUUAUGGAUGGUUGGGAAUUUGUGGAGGGAGAGACGGUGACGUCCGACCGAAGAGGUGGAGGAGGCGGCUCUGUAGGUGGGCGAGAUCGUCCGGAUUUUGCUCGGCGUGGUUCGUAUAGGGUUUUCACAAUCGGGGACUGGAAUGCUACUUUAGGGCAUAACUUCUAAAUCCAACUGAUUUGGCGCAAUUUUUUUUUUUUUUUUUGGGUUAGGAAUCACAUUUUGACCCAAUUUUCUUUUACCAGCUUAACCAAAGCAGAAGCAAUCUUGACAAGAAUCUAAAUAUGUAUACGUGUAUACAGGAAGAUGGAUUAUUAUUAUUAUCAUUAAUUCAUUAUCAAACAGGCAGUAUGCAACAAGAAGUAAUCAAAGAACAAAAUGGAAUACCUGCCUGGAAGCAAGGUACGGGGAAAAAAGAAGGGGGUUGUGGAAGCUCUUCGACGGGAUGUGGAGCUCCGAGCUAAUCGAGGUUGGUAUGCGACGGAGGGGAGAGGCGGGAAGCGACGACAAUGCAGAGGGGAGACUGGGAGAGGCGUCGAUGCGGAGGGGAGAGGUGCCGCCGUUGCGGGGAGCUCAAUAUACUACAAGAAAAAUGUUAUAUAGCGGCACAUAAUUGCGGCAGUUUAUAUAUUUGUCGCUGAAAAAUAAUUUAUGAAGACACUUAUCUCGUUUGUCACUAUAUGAUGUGUCAUUUUUUGUUGUUGUGUGGAUGAUGAUUAGUUUGAUGAUAAAUUUUUGAUAGAAAAUCAUACAAGAAAUUAAUUUUUGUUUUCUUUUACAAAAUAGGGUUAUUGAUGAGAUUAAUUCAACUUCUAGGAUGGUAUUAAGAUCAAAAUGUAAACAUUCUUUUCUUUUUUUUCCCUCCCGAAAUACACAACGAGAAUGUAAACCAUUGUCGUUGUUGGCCCUUUGCUCUUCUUUCUCUCAUAGCCUUUCUUCUCCUACAUGAUCUGAGAAAUAAAUACAAGCUAGAAAAUUCAUUCUCCAUGUUCUUUCAACAAUUCGAAUUAUUGGAGCUAAUUGGUUCUGAAGAAGAAUGUUGUGAAACCGAAUGAAAAUUACCCUUUAAAAAUGGUUGGGAUCGAAAUUCUAUAGCUGAGGGGUGAGAUUGUUCAGAUUCAUGAGCACUCGUCAAUGUAAUUUUCCAUUUCACCACUUGUCUAAGAAUACAAUUUCAUCUUUGAUCAUUCUAUCUUAUCUAAUAGUGCAUAAGAUUUCACAUUUUGUUAUUGAACCAAACCUAUUUAUCAUUCUCUCGAGAGUUAUGUAUGUUAAACCGAUGAUAACCCUUUGCUUAUGUGCUGAAGCAAAAUCAGAUUAAGCAUCAUUUUGUGAUGGUCUAAUGGUAAUGGGACUUAUUUGGUGUUUUGGCCAAGAAAGUUAAAGCAUAUAACGCUGGCUUAGUUACCUUGUUUGACAUGAAGAAGGUCAGGCGUUUGUGCACCAAGAACCUUUGAAUCUUUAACCUCAUGGUUAGCUAAAGCUUAGUCUUAUGAAUAUUUAAUAUAUUUUUGUCAUAUUUCUUAAAUAAAUAAUUUGUUGGUUAUAGAAAGAAUCUUAUUAUAUAGGAUUAUCCAAAUAAUUGAUGUAGAGUAGAUACUUCAACUAAAAUUAUAAUUAUAAUUGCAUGUUGAGUCAAUCGAGAAGAAGCUAAACUACUCCAUUUGUUGAAAGAGUUAAAAAAUUACUCUUAUACCAAUAUUCCACUACCAAUUAGGGAUGGCAAUGGGGCGGGUUUACCUAAACCAAUUUCCAUCCCCAUUUUCAAAUACUCAAACACACAUACCCGCCACAUACCCAUGCGGGGGAAUGUGUUGCAAACCCAUACACAUACCCGCGGGUUUCGGGUACCCAUGGGUAAUAUCCGCCUCAUACAUCCAACAUUAUUAUACCUAAAAAUUUACACAAUUUUUUUUAAUUAUAACACUAAACGAACCUACUAUAUCAUGAAAUCAACAAAACACGAUCAUAUUCUUAAUACGGUUCAAUGAAUAUGAUCCAAAAACAUUCAUUAAUACAUAAUAUAAAGUACAAUAUUGUCCAAAUUAUUAUGCUCCAACUAUUGAUACAUCUACUAAGUGAUAAUUCACUAAUAUAAUCUUGUUGACAAAGUGGAAAGUCAAAGGAUGAAGGGAGAAUUGAGGGAAAUGAAUUAGAUUUUGAUUAGGAUGGCCAUUCAAUUGCAUUAUCAUUGAUAGGUUACAAUAUGAUUCCACAUAUAUUUUUAUACGUGAAAAAAUUCUCUUGAUGGGCGGAUAUGAGUUUGAUUGUGGCAUCCCUACUACCAAUUGAGUUUGUAUUGAACUUGAUGUUCAUACCAAAGUUUAAUAUAUUUUGUACAAUUAAGCUUAUAAGUUAUAACAUGAGUAAGCACCAUAUACAACGUGCAGUUUUCUCAUUGUCAUUUCCUUUCAUAUUCAAGGAAACUCAUAUAUGUAGAAGGGAGGGAGGGAGAAAGUUGAGAUAAUCGACUCUCUUUAUUUAUUUUUCCUAGUCACUGCAUAGCAAUGUGCAUCACUUUGUCUUUCUUUUAUUUUUUGUCUCCUUCUAAAUAUAGAAAUGUAAAGAAAAACGAUAAGGAUCA